AUGUCGCAUCUCCUGAUGCAAGCCGGUGCCAGUGCAGGGGGGUCGGGAAGCCCCGGCGUUGGAGGUACAGGUGCAGGGAGUCCUUGUCCCACCGGUCAUGGGAUUACGACUGCCUCGUGUUGCGAAUCUGCCAGGGGGAUAAUGAGCACGGAUCCGGUGACGGGUCAACCCAUCUGCUCAUGCCAAUAUGAGCCUAGCACCCGGCUCGCAUUCCAAUCCGCCUAUCACCCCAGAUUAUCGGGAGGAAGUGGUGGGGGAUCCACAGGAGGAAGUGGCGGAGGGCUUGGGGGUGGAGGCGUGGGAGGGGGAGGACCCAGUUCAUCUCCUGGUGCGUCUGCUGCUGUUGCUGCCGCUGCUGCUGCUGCGGCGGCUGGGGUCUACCAGACACACGUCUAUCCGACGCCACCGGAACAGACUCCCUCUUAUCCCAGCCUUGGUGCCAUGGAUACCUCAGCCUUUUAUCCCACCUUGGGUGCUCCAUAUGGACUGAAGGAGAGUGCUGCAGCAGCUGCGGGAGCCGAAGCAGCAGCAGCUGCUGCCUGCUGGUCCGCUGCAACCACUCCAGCGACAGGAUACUAUCCUUACGAUCCUACUUUUGCCGCUUACGGGUACGGGCCAGGGUAUGACCUCGCAGCCCGAAGGAAAAACGCAACCCGAGAAUCCACAGCGACUCUGAAGGCUUGGCUCAACGAGCACAAAAAGAAUCCUUAUCCAACCAAGGGCGAGAAGAUCAUGUUGGCCAUCAUAACGAAGAUGACGUUGACGCAAGUGAGCACAUGGUUCGCAAACGCCAGGCGACGUCUCAAGAAGGAGAACAAGAUGACCUGGGAGCCUAAAAACCGGGUCGAAGAGGACGAUACCGUUGUCAGUGAUGACGACCACGAUAAGGAAAAGGGGUCGUUCCGGGAUUCUCGUCCUGACCCAGAGAGUGCAUCAGGCGGAGAAGGGGAGACGGAGGAAUACCUUCUGCCGAACGGUUGUUCGAGAGACGAUGGAGUGAAAAGUGGAGGAUCCGUAUCCGGCAGAGCAACAUAUUUGCAAGGCGACGGAAAGAAUCACGGGGUGCGUGUGGGCGACGAGAAGCCCAAGAUUUGGUCCCUGGCUGACACAGCAGCAUGCAAGACCCCACCUCCUGCACCUGCACCUCCACCGCCACCACCUUCAGUUCCAUCCGCCUGGAGCACCGUUGACUGCAGCGUUCCCCUGUCGGCUUAUGGAACCAUGAAUAAUCAAGGACUCGUGCAUGGCUAUAGUCCCGGAGGAGCGCCAAAUUACCAUAGUGGAUUUCCGAGUACUGGAACGGGAGGAGGUGGUGGUAACAUGUAUGCAGGUGUAGGGACAUUCCCGACUCUCCCUUUAUCGGAUACUCCUCCGCAGACACCACCGGGUGCCAGUGUUCCUUCUUACUACGGUGCUCAAAGUCUGUUGGCAACUGUGAAUAGCAGCCGGAGCUCAACGGGCUCUGGUUCAUCAGAAGAAGAACGAGUUCGACAGUCAUCCGGAUUAGCGAAUUUCCAGUCCACUCGUAGCUCACCGCCCACGGCCUUCCGUCCAGUCUACAAGAGGUAG